CUCUGCUGCUGUUUUGUUUCGUCGGACUCGUGUCCCGCAACAUCUGACUGGAUCUGCGUUGGCAGUAAAAGGCACAUUAAGCACCCCUAAAAGUACCUAGACAUCCACUUAGAUGGCUUCCUGUAAGGUAAAAUCUUUGGUGCCUCGCUGCUUGUGACCUGGGCCUUGACCUGCCUGUGGCGCCACUUCUGCCUCAUCUCCCACCUGCCCUUCCAUCACUGCCCAUCAACCAGUCAAACUGUGAACAAACUCUGACGUCAAGGCUGGCACAAACAUUCAAUCUGUCAACUUUGCCUGGACUUCUUCUCUUCGACCUUUUAAGUCCUCUGUUUCAGACAAUAUCACCUCUCUAACUCUCCUCAUCUCCAUCACCUACCCGAAGACACCCCGAAAUCAAACUGCGACCAUGAGGUUCUCCCUCACCAAGUUCCUCGUCGUCGCUCUGGCUUCGACCGAGGUCGUUGUUGCCAGUACUUGGUUCAGCAAAGCUGCUUACAACAAGUGGCAUGAGACCGAGCUCGAGCGCUGGCUCUCCGAUCACGAUGUUCCCUACCCUACUCCUGCGGAUAGAAAAGACCUCGAGAACCUCGUCAAAGAGAAUUGGCAGGCCAAGGUGGUCGACCCUGUCGCCACAGCUGGGGACAAGACAAGUGAUAGCUACCACAGCGUCAAGGACUGGAUCUUUGACAGUUGGACCGAGUCGUCUUUGAAAAGCUUCCUUGAUCACCACAACAUCCCUGCUCCCCAACCACGUACCAGAGAUACCCUCUUGACUACUGUCCGCCAGCACUACGAUGGCGUUGCAAAACAGCUGGGAGAGUACGCCUCCUAUCCGGGUGACUGGCUCUACUCGACUUGGUCCGAAUCCGAGCUCAAGGAGUUCCUCGAUGAGCGCGGUAUCCCUGUUCCACAGCCCACCACUCGAGACAAGCUUAUCGCCCAUGUUCGCCGCAAUGCUCGAUUGGCCUCCCUCAACAUGUCAUCCGCUGCGUCUGCUGCGAGUGCGUCUUAUUCCAGUGCCAGCUCUGUAGCGAGCAAAUCCGCCUCCAGUGCACAGGCCAGCCUUAGCGAUGCUCUGUUCGACGCUUGGUCUGACAGUCAGUUGAAGGAAUUCCUUGACAGCCACGGUGUUCCUGUUCCACAGGGUAGCCGCAAGAACGAACUCAUUGCAUUGGCUCGCAAACAACGUUCGAAGCUUGAGGCGAGCGGCUCCUCGCUUUCCAGCACGGCCGCGUCUGGAUUCGGUGCUGCGACUUCUUCGGCGGGCAAUGAGUUUGCAAAGGCAACUGAUGAUGCUUCUCUUAUGGCCGAAGAUGCGUUCAACAAGGCUGUGGAUACUUGGUCUGAUUCUCGCCUCAAAGCUUACCUAGACUCCCGUGGGGUUCCAGUUCCUCAAGGUAGCAAGCGGGACGAGCUUUUGAAGCAAGUUCGAUUGAACAAACACAAGGCUGCUACUGGCUGGUCGGCGUGGACAUUUGACACUUGGACUCUUGAGAAUCUACAGAAGUACCUGGAGGCCCACGGCAAGAAAUACAAGAAGAACGCCAAGGCAAGCCGCGAGGACCUCAUCAGACAGGCUCAAGAUUCCUACGCCUCUGCUUCCAAGAGCGGCGGGACAAACUACGCAUCGGUCACCAGCUACCUGGCGAAGCAGACCGACUCCGCCAAGGACACAGCCUUUGAUACUUGGUCUGACAGCGAGUUGAAAUCGUAUCUCGACAGCUAUGGCGUCCCCAACUACCAGGGCUCGACCACCAAUGAGCUCCGCGCCCAAGCCAAGAAGCAAUACAACUAUUUCAAGUACGGCACAUCGACGCCCUCAGGAACCAUUUUUGAACGAAUUAAGAGCGGACUGCAAUGGGUUCUUGGACAAGCCCAAGGUACUGCUGCCACGGCAUCUGCAUCUGCAUCCAAGUCCGCCAGUUCAGUAGCCAGCGCUGCUUCCAAGAGUGCCACAAGCGCUAAACAUGAAUUGUAGGCGUGGAUGGAAGGAAUGACGAAUACCCUUAGAUGGAGAUGGCUCUCAUCCAGUGGCGACACAAGGACCCGGAGGAGUUGGUUCGGUGAGGGAUCAUUCAAUGGAGGACCAAGGCAUGAGUUUGGCUGGUGAACAGGCUUACGAGACUGUACCUUUAGAGCUUCUUAGCUACGAUAACAGAUACCAUGAACGUGAAAAAAACAUGCUUGUACCGGA